AUGUGAUGAGUACCUCAAGCGGUGGGAAGAAGUCAAAGCUGAAGUAGAGAAAAACGGCAUCUACAACCUUACCACAGACGAAUUAGUGUUUGGAACUAGACUUGGUUGGAGAAACUCCUCGCGCUGCAUUGCACGUAUCCAGUGGAAAAAUCUUGAGUUGCAGGAUGCACGACACGUGCAGACCACGCAAGAAAUGUUCGAGUUUCUUUGUCGUCAUGUAGAAUAUGCUACAAACGGAGGAAAUAUAAGGUCUAUGAUCACCAUUUUCCCGCCAAGAAAAAACGGACAGGAAGAUUUUCGUCUAUGGAAUGCUCAGCUGCUUAGUUACGCUGGUUAUCUUCAACCAGAUGGCAGCACGAUCGGAGAUCCAGGUCAUGUCCAGUUCACUCGGGUGUGCCAGAGAUUGGGAUGGAAGGGAAAAGGUGGACGGUUUGAUAUUUUGCCCUGGAUACUCUCGGCACCAGGAGAAGGGCCAAAAUUGUACGAUGUUCCAGACGAACUGAUACUGAGAGUCAAGCUAGAACACCCUCGUUUUGAGUGGUUUGCGGAGAUGGGUUUGGAAUGGUUUGCUCUUCCUACUGUAGCGGGGCUGCUAUUUGAUUGUGGGGGGAUAUCGUUCCCUGCUGCUCCUUUCAAUGGGUGGUACAUGGGUACCGAGAUUGGAACCCGUAAUCUAUGUGACCCUCAUCACUAUAACAUCACUGAGGAAGUAGCCCUGAAGAUGGGACUAGACACAUCAAGUCCGGCAACUCUGUGGAAGGACCAAGCGUUGGUUGAAAUCAAUAUUGCUGUUUUACACAGCUAUCAGAAGCAAAACAUUGUAAUUGUCGACCAUCAUACCCUUGCUGAAAGUUUUAUGAAACAUAUGGAAAAUGAACAAAAACAGCGGGGUGGUUGUCCUGCAGAUUGGGUGUGGAUUGUACCCCCUUUGUCAAGCAGUCUUACGCCCGUGUUUCACCAAGAAAUGUUGAAUUACGUACUCAAACCAAGCUACGAAUAUCAGGUCAUGUGUAUGGAGGAUUAUGAUGUCAGAAACCUGGAGCAAGAAUCACUGUUUAUUGUAGUAACGAGUACGUUCGGCAACGGAAACCCCCCUGACAACGGAAAAGUUGCCUGCAGUUCCUACAAUUUUGCCCUCAGUAGUGACGCUUCCAUGAUAUCCUUAGAAUCAGUAAGCCAGUGGAAUAAAGACAAAUUUAGGACAUCUGUCGUAGAAGGAAUACAUCAUGAUAUAUGCGAAGGUCUGGCCAACGUUCAUAAUAAGAAGGUACAACCAUGCAAGGUCUUGUCCAGGAUCCGUCUCCAACCUCUCUGUUCUGAACGACAGACAAUUCUAGUACGACUAGACACAAGACAAGCCACAAAUUUGACAUACGAACCUGGCGAUCACCUGAGCGUCUUCCCUGUUAAUCCUUCAAACGUUGUUAACCAGAUCAUGUCGUUUCUGGAUCCUUCGGAUAGGUCUGAGAGAGACUUAGUUCAAGUCGAAACAUUUGUGGAUGGCGUCUGGCAGCCAUACAAUCGACUUCCUCCGUGCACCAUGCACACGGCCCUCUCUAGAUAUCUCGACAUCACAACUCCUCCAGCACCUACGAUAUUAGAGCACCUUGCAGCCACGGCAACAGAAAAAUUAGACCAACUUAAGCUUCAAAGAUUGUGUGAG